AUGUCAGCGACUAUCUGCUUCGAGAUCGUUGAUAUCGAUAACUUAAUCCCUAGAGCUGUGGAUAAUGAAGAAUAUCAAGAUGAGAAUAUCAAGAAAUUAUCCCCUUGGAUAUUCCAGCACUGUGAUACAGCAGAGGAAAAUUGCACAGAUAAUUGGCCAGAUCAUGAGUGGGACCUUCGAAAUCUUUUCGAUGAUCUCUCUUCUUAUUGUGCUGAGGUGAAGGAAUAUAACUCUGGUAGCAUAGGAGUUGAAAACGCUUUAAGGCCAAGUGAGAUGAUCACCUUACCUAGGAAAACUUGGAAAGUGCCAGCAAGGGAGGAUUCUGAGCCCUUUAUACGACGGCAGGGUAUGAUGUUAAGGGUAUUAAUGAAAAUUGUCUAUUUCAAUCUUGAUGCUCGAAUACAAGGUCCUAAAGUUCGCUUCCCCGUCUCAAUCUUGAAGAUGAAAUAUGUAAUUGGCGGCGAAAAAUUCCUCACUAGAGCAGAGGGCGCAGCUACUAUUGAGGGCCUGCCAAUUAUCUCUUGCACUGGUUGGUUUGAGGGGCAGACUUGGAGAGAAUUUCUAGAGGAGACCAUUAGUGUAAUGCUAGGGCAGCUUGCUAAAAACAUCCGGUAUAGCAGCGCUGGUAUCCAAGGUCAGGAUGUUUUCGUCAUUGGCUUCCAUGGGCUUUAUAUCCAUAUUGCACGUGGAUUUUUCGCAGCUGAUGUAAUUUCCAGGAUACAUCUGAAGGGGUGUAGAGAAAAUGAGGUUUUUAAAAUAAACUUCUCACGGGGCUAUAAUCUAUGUUUAAGGAAAGAUUGGUUCGAAGCCACACAAGCUUUGUCAAGAUUAUAUCAAUACCUCCUAAGUGGCGAUGCAAAGGUUGGCGCAAUAACAAGCAUUUCUACAAAGGGAAGCAGGUGGCAGUGUUUAAACCUUUACCAGGACUAUUGGGACCAUACAACUAGAAUAGUUAUGAGGGUGAAUAGCUUGAAUAAAAUAGGACUUUGCUAUAUAUAUAGCUGAUAAAAU